CACUCACACUUUCUGACAUCAAGUCAUUUCACUAUUCAUUCUCCUCAUCUCACGCCGCCAUGUCAGCUACGCUUGGCAGGAUACCCAAGGGACUGGCACGGAUACCGUCUCGUCGACUCAUCAGCUCAGCAUCAUCUCCACGCCUGGCUCGACCCGCUCCUUCCCCACGCCCAACCCUCUUUGCCUCCUCGGAACGAGACAAGGAUGCGCAAGAUCUUUGCAGCCUCUUCGACUCGCUCAGCUCCAAGAAGUCGGCAGGCUCCUCUUCACUCAAAGCUUCAUCUUCAUCCUCCCCGCCUUCUGGCCUCUUUGGAUCUCCAUCGUUGCCCACUCCCUCAUCCUUCGCCCCUGUAGCACAGCAAGCACUGAUUCGUGCCCAGCUCCUAGUGCACCGCAUCGUGACCGCUCCCCAAAAAGGGGAGGGCGAAAUGCGAGCAGUAGUCAAGAAUCUCGAUCGACUCAGCGACGUCCUCUGCGGCGUCAUCGACCUCGCAGAGCUGGUACGAAACGCUCACCCGGACGAGGCGUGGCGGGAUGCGGCCAACGAAGCGUACGAGGGUUUAUGUGGAUUCAUGAACAUUUUGAAUACGCACACGGGACUCUACGAGGUACUCAAGAGAGUUCUAGACGAUGAGAUGCUGCGCAACUCGCUCAGUGAAGAGGCACUAGCGGUAGCUCAGGGGUUCCUGCGCGAUUUUGAGAAGUCGGGCAUCCAUCUACCGGACAAGCAGCGCGAGCAAUUCGUUGACUUGAGCGACGAGAUCCUCGUCCUCGGGCGAGCAUUCAUGCAGGGCGCUACGAGCGGUGAAGAGGCCCCGCCGAUUGCUCGCUUCAAACGCUCGUGGUUCUCAGAUACGCACUCCAACCUCCUCGCCGCCCUUUCCAGCUCGCCUGCCCUCAUCCCUUCGACGUCCAGCGAGGUACACCUAGACCCAGCUCACGCUACGUGGGAGUUUCCGACUAUCCUGCGCUACAGCCAGAGCGAGGAGGCUCGCAAGGCCGCGUUCGUCGCCAUGAAUACCUCGGCCAAGGGCAGUGUGGAUGUGCUAGAGCAGCUGUUGGACAAAAGGCGCAAGUUGGCGGGACUGACGGGCUAUGAGAGCUUUGCGCAGAUGUCACUGGGCGACAAGAUGGCAAAGAACCCCUCCUCCGUCGCUCACUUCCUCGACGCCCUACAAACGCACCAUCAUCCCCUAGCAGCCCGCAAGCUCUCCGAGCUCCAAGCGCUCAAGCCCCGCGACGAAGCUCCCCUCGAAGCGUGGGAUCGCGACUACUACGCGGAACGCUACCUCCGUACGCUCUCCACCUCGAUGCCGGGCAGCACCACACCGAUCUCCCCCUUCCUCUCGGUAGGCAAUGUCUUCUCGGGCCUGUCCCGGAUGCUCUCCGCCAUCUACGGGAUUAGGCUGCGUGCUGCGAACUUGGAAGCAGGCGAGGCGUGGGAUGGGGACGUGGUCAAGCUGCAGGUCGUUGAGGAGGAUGCCAGCUCUGCGACGGGGGAGACGGUCAUCGGUACUAUCUACGCCGACUUGUUCUCUCGCUCGGGCAAGCCGCCGAGCGCCGCUCAUUACACCGUGCGCUGCUCGCGCAGGAUAGACGAUGAUGACGAGGAUGGAGAUUUCCGCUUCGGAAGGUUACAGGACGGAGCUCAAGUCGAUCCCUCUCAGCUCGGCUCGCGAGGCACUUCGCCGCUCAAGGUGGAAGGCAGGGCAACACCCGGUCGCACUGGGCUAUACCAAUUGCCCAUCGUGGUGCUCCUUUGCGACUUUGUCCGCGGUACGGCGGGCCCUUCUCUGCUGAGUUGGAGCGAAGUGGAGACCCUCUUCCACGAGAUGGGCCAUGCGAUUCACAGCAUGAUCGGGCGGACAGAGUUCCACAACGUCUCUGGCACGCGCUGCGCUACGGAUCUCGUCGAGCUGCCGUCCAUCUUGAUGGAGCACUUUGUCUCCUCCCCAUCCGUCGUCUCCUUGGUUGCGCGACACCACUCAACGGGCCUUGAGCUCCCCUACGACGCUCUUCGUCGGCACCUCGCAACGAGCGUGCAGGCGCUGGACGACCUGGACACGCACAACCAGAUCUUGCUCGCCAUCCUCGAUCAGAGGUACCACGGCUCGGACUUCAGUGGCGACUCGACGGAGGAGAUGGCUCGACUCUACUCGACUCGCGGCCUCUUCGACGCUGCCACUACUCAGUCCGGCCAACACGCCUUCCUUCGUCAACAAACCUGGCACUCCCAGUUCAGCCACCUCUUUGGGUACGGGGCGACGUACUACUCCUACCUGCUGGAUAGAGUCCUCGCAUCGCGCGUCUGGGCCCAACUGUUCGCUGCCGAUCCGCUGAGUCGUGAUGCUGGCGAGAAGUACAAGGGUGGGCUGCUCAAGUGGGGAGGAGGGAAGGAGGGCUGGGGCAUGUUGAGCGAGUUGCUCGGUGAGGAUUUGAGCAUGGAGAGGGUCGGCGAGUGGGGGAUCAAGCGUGGCGAGGAGAGGAAGGCUAGGUGAUCGGGCAAGAUCGAACACCACUCAUGGAUUGCCUGUAGUGUACCUGCAUAUAGAGAGGCGUCGAGCCGUACAGGCCGCCCGCAGCCGGCCGCGAAUAGAAUUACCACGCCACACCUUACGAGGACACACUGUGAGGAGAGC